GCCGUGGACCAAUCAGAUCCAAUCAGACUGUUGGUCUUUCCGACCAUGCCAGCGUCGGAGUUUGUGUUUUUCAUGGAAGCGCGCGUCGAGCACCAGCGUCUGCGCAACCGGCUCAAGCAGAAGCGCCAUCGCGACCGGUUCACGACCGAGCGAAAGGAGCUCCUGAGUCAGCUCGCAGAGCUCCGCGACGUCGUCGCCAAGCUCGCGACACGCCUGCCUGCCUCUGCCCCGAUGUCGACCUCGUGCUUGCCGUGGAAGGACGUCGCCGCCGGCCUCGCGCAGGCCAAUGCCGAGUCGCGCCUCACGUUGCAGGUGCUACGCGACGCCACCGCAUCAAUGCAGAACCUCGCGUGUACGCUGGCGACAUGGGUCGGCCAGUCGGUCCCGUCGCCCUUGCAGCUCGAUGACAACCCGCUGCGUGGCUUGACGACGUUGACGCUGCCCGCCGACCCGGAAGCGCGUAAGCGAGGACUCGAUUGGUACUCGCAGCACUUGCUGUUCAACACCGACCGCAUGCUACAGCUCUCUGGGUUUCCGUCCACCGGGACACUCCACGACGUCCUUGUGACCGACGACGCUGAGAGCGGCUUGUCGGACAUUCUCGGGCGCAUUCAAAUCGAGUACAACCUCCCACUGCACAAGACUUACAGCGCGCUCGCCGAUAAGAUUUGGGCCGAGCUGCGCGGCGACACGCACGUGUCCAUGUCGGAAUUUCUCGACACCGAGACAACGGCGGCGAUCGACCCCAAAAUGCUCUACCGCCGCACUCCGCUCGGGCCGAAAGAGAGCAACUACUACGUCUGCCGCGAGUUUGCAUCCGACGACCGCAUCGUGUUUUUGUUUGGGAAUUUCAGCCAAGACGUCCUCCACCCUAUCAACCACAUGUGGCGCCCGCGGCUCUUUUGGUACGUUCUCGAACGCGUCGCCCCCAACCAAACACGCGUCCGCACCAUGUUGUACAACGGCCCAAAAGUUGUGCACGGCAAAAUCAUGACGUGGCGCGACGAUUUGCUCCGGAUCGAGCAAUUUGCAAAGUGCAAUGUCGCGACUAGUACGACCUCCCACGCGUUUGCGCGGUACCAGCACUUGGUCGUCGAGCACGGUUGGCAGGCGUUCCUCGACAGCGUCCUUGGCGUCAUAGCGCUGCCGCCCGAAAGUACAGUUCCGACUCGGUCGCAUCUCAAUACUCUCUGCAAUCGACCCGCCGCCGACAAGGCGUAAUGCUCUCAACAAAAAAUGAGGUUUCGU